UGGUAUCACUGGAAUGUCUGUUUGACAACAAGGUGCAAGUCGUUGUUACUACGAUUCAGCCAAAAGGAAUAUCGCAUUGUACGUUUCACCUGUAUAAUCUGUUUACUCGAUAACAUUUCGAAUUGUUUGUGGUGUACUUAAAAGUGUGUGUUAAAGAGGCUAUGAAAAUGCCACCAACCGAUAAUAAGAGUACCGACAACGGCAUUUACGACUUCGAAGAGACCUCUUUGUCGAUAACCGCUGAUGAAAUCGAGACUACUGCUGUGGAAGAGUUUGAAACAACUGCGGAGAAUGAUUUCUCUGAAUAUAUGUGGAUGGAGAAUGAAGAGGAGUUCGAUAAAGAGGUUAUGCAAAGACUGGAGGAGGAAGAACUGAUGGAGGAGUGUAUGGAGGCAUUCAUGAGCGAAGAAAAUUCAGCACCAACCGCAACUCAAAGUGCAUUAACGGUGUCAGAGUCGGUCCAGAACUCAAAAUUAAAUCCUGAAGCUGCUGAGUUUGUUCCCUUACGUCGAAACGAGACGCUUGUCCCAGACACCCAAGGCUCGACAAAUGAAUCUUAAGUAGAUUUACCCGCCCUGUAAAUAAUUAGUUUGAACCUAAUUUAAGACGUUUUUUUCUGCAGUUUUUUCUCCAUGAUUUUGAAUUUUUCCUAAGAUUGCAUUUUUUUUUGUUUCUGCUAGUCCAAGAUGGUGUUAGAUGAUGUCAUCAAACUUACGAAUGGGUUGGUAUUGUGGGCAUAGGCUGUUCAAUGAUUGUACGGUUUUUGUUUUCUUUUGCGGUUUAGCCUGUGUAAGGGGAUCAGCCGAGUAAAAAUUACUGUGGGGUGUACAUUGAGCAGUUUUGACUUUAAAUAAAUAAAAUUGUUCCACCAUGAUCUCGUUUUGUGUGAUAGAUAUGGGAGAACGCAAAAAAACUACUUACAAUUUGUUUUUAGUAUUGCUCUCUUUUAAACGGUGAAAAAAAAAACAUAAUUUAUAUGAUAAUAUUAAAUAUAUUAUUUAAUUAAAA